AUGGAUUUGAUCAAAGCGGAUGGUAAACCUUUGUCAACCUUCCAAAUUGCUCGCGUCCUCUGCAGGGAACGAGUUAUUGCCGUGCCCACACUCUGGACAAACCUCCAUCUUGAUUUACUCGAAUGCUCUUUCGGUAGAGUCACCUAUGAUCAGUUUGCUGAAAAAGAAGAAGGGCCCGCUACCCUGCUGUUGGUUUUCGCGUCAUUCGCCUAUUUCAACACUUGGAGGCGAUCCCACUCAGUAGCAAAGCUCAUUUGCAAGGACAAGGAUAUCUACUUGGAUGACAAAGUAUGCCUCUUCUUUGAAGGCAAAAUCGCGGAGGUGCUUCCAUGCACUACUUUCCAUGUCCAGCCCGUCGCCAAUCACGCGCGCUCCCCCCCUUUCGCGGCCUAUGCGGACUUGGAACGUCUUCAGAGGAUCCGAGAGCGCUAUUUUGAGCCUAUGCAAGGAGCAUCCUUGUGUGACAUCAAGCUCAAGAAGGCAACACCCGAAGUCCCGAUGCAGGACCCAUACAUUGCAGCGAUCUUGAUCGCAAUGGCACAAGAGCAACAAGCAUCUGCAUUUGAGGUUUAUCCAGGCCCCUAUGUGAUGCAAAUGACAGUAUGGAGACCUCCUAUGGCUGUGACUCAGAAUGUUGCUGACAAGUCGAAGUUUCGACCAAAACUCGUGGUGACGAAACCCGAUUCCUUUUGCGUUUACCUGUACCGAACAAACAUCAACUCCACUUUUCUGUGCAAGUUCAGCGAUCCGGGUGUCCAACCACCACACGCAACAAGCAUGGAAAUUCAGAUCAGCGCCAUCCCAUUGAAGCCCCUCUGCACCCUUGGUCGCCGCCUCCUGGAGCUUGUGCUUCCGGAAUGA